GGUCGGCGCGUUCCGCAGCGCCUUCCUCCCGCGGCCGGCCGUCGUCGGGCCGGCUCCCGGGCGCAGCCCCGCGCGGGGCCGGCUGGAACCGCUCCUCGGGUCGGACGAUGCCCAGGAAACUGCUGCUGCUGCCCCCGCUCUGCGUGUCCUCGGCUCUCCGCGCCCCGCGAGCUCGCCCCGCCGCUCCGCCGGCCAUGAACGCCGCUCGCACCGGCUACCGAGUCUUCUCGGCCAACUCCACGGCCGCCUGCACCGAGCUGGCCAAGCGCAUCACCGAGCGUCUUGGGGCUGAGCUGGGCAAGUCUGUCGUGUACCAAGAGACCAACGGAGAAACGCGAGUUGAAAUCAAAGAAUCUGUUCGUGGCCAAGAUGUUUUCAUUAUCCAGACCAUCCCCAGAGAUGUGAAUACGGCUGUGAUGGAGUUACUGAUCAUGGCUUACGCCCUGAAGACGGCCUGUGCCCGGAACAUCAUUGGCGUCAUCCCCUACUUCCCCUACAGCAAGCAGAGCAAGAUGAGGAAGAGGGGCUCCAUCGUGUGCAAGCUCCUGGCCUCGAUGCUGGCCAAGGCGGGUUUAACACACAUCAUCACCAUGGACCUUCAUCAGAAGGAGAUCCAGGGCUUCUUCAGCUUUCCAGUGGACAACCUGCGAGCCUCGCCCUUCCUGCUCCAGUACAUCCAGGAAGAGAUUCCGAAUUACAGAAAUGCAGUCAUUGUGGCGAAGUCUCCUGAUGCUGCAAAGAGGGCCCAAUCCUAUGCCGAGAGACUGCGUCUGGGUUUAGCUGUGAUCCACGGAGAGGCUCAGUGCACAGAGCUGGACAUGGACGAUGGCCGCCACUCCCCGCCCAUGGUCAAAAACGCCACUGUGCACCCCGGCCUGGAGCUGCCCUUGAUGAUGGCCAAGGAGAAGCCGCCCAUCACCGUGGUCGGGGAUGUCGGAGGACGCAUCGCCAUCAUCGUGGAUGACAUCAUUGAUGACGUGGAGAGCUUUGUUGCGGCUGCGGAGAUCCUGAAGGAAAGAGGCGCUUACAAAAUCUACGUGAUGGCCACGCAUGGCAUCCUGUCUGCGGACGCUCCCCGCCUCAUUGAGGAGUCCUCUAUUGAUGAGGUGGUGGUGACCAAUACAGUGCCCCAUGAGAUCCAGAAGCUGCAGUGCCCCAAGAUCAAGACCGUGGACAUCAGCCUGAUUCUGGCGGAAGCAAUUCGGAGGAUCCACAACGGCGAGUCCAUGGCCUACCUGUUCAGAAACAUCACCGUGGACGACUAGCCCGCCCUGGCUGGGGACCCCUCCGCAGGGCACACGUGUGCCGCGGUGCUGGUAGCCGCCACGUGCAUCUCCCAGCGAGGGGUGCCGGGGCCGCCUGGAGCAGCUGUCCCUCUGGCUGUCGUCUGGCAGAGCAUGCCCCAUAACACGGCCUUAAACUGCUACCCACGCAAGUCCCCGUUCCUCCGGCAGCAGUAGAGACACUGCGGAACAGGUGUCGGAGGCACAUGGAGUCUUCACUCUCACAGUCCCUCAGGCGCUCAGCCCUGGAGAUGCUGGCGUCGGGGCUGCCCUUGAUCGGCAGGCUAGUCCUCUCCCAAGCCUGGCCCAUGUGGGUCUGUACUUUCAGAAUCUGCUAUGCCUGCUGCUGUGGGCCCGCCGAGCCUUCGUGCCAUCACCCUGGCACAUGGGCCAGGUCAGAACGGCGUCUGUCCCUGGGUGUCUUCACUGCCUUCAAGCUGCCAAUAAAAGACUUUA